GUAGUCGUGUUAACUGCAUUUAGAUCUGUUUUCUAAGUACGUUUCGGGAUGACUUCGCGUCAAAGGGACGACUACGUUUUGUGAUUGUGCAUAUCGCUGUAUAGGAAGUUGGAAUUUUUCGUAAUGCAGAGGAAAACAAUUCUGAUGACCACGGUGUCUUGUGUUGGAGUAAUUGCCCAACAGCUGUGUGCGAAUCUAUCAAAUAUAAAGUGGAGUUUGCAAUUUGUUCAGGGUAUCUUGUAAAAUUUGGAUGUGUUAAAUGCUUUUCCGCAGAUUUUUGGUGUUUUCUUUUUUUCUGUGAUGGGCUGCUUAGGCAGGGUGUAAACUAACGGAAGAAAGUCCUACAUGAAGGAUGUUACCAUUUACGCCGACCACUGCAGCGAAGUUCGAUUUAAUUGUGCCAAAAUCUUUAUACGUUGAAUUGCCAUGGAACUAUGUACCCAUUUUCAGUUGGCAUAUAUAUUCGGGUCCCUCGAUAGCGCGAAUUCCUCCUGACUGCGUUCUACCUACGAAAAGGGAAGGAUCCCGGUGCCCAUUGGUUUUGAGAGGGGACUUGGUGGGCCCCGGAGCCGGUCUGGUUGCUCGUUUAGCACGAGAUUUGUUUGUAAGAAGUCGGAAACUAUGAUACUCGUUAGGAGUUGGUGCACCCACUAGUCUUAAAAAGCGAAAUAAUUCGUAAUGUGAUAGGAUUGGAGGGUCUAAUUUUGGUACGAGUGCUUCAUGAUGUAGUGAACCACGGUCGCUGGUUUGGAAAGCAUUAACGGAAAGUCGCGAACAUCUGGGUUGUCACACUGAUGUGUAGGUAGUUCGUGUCCGUGAUAAUAUAUGCGUUGUUUGGUAACGUGCUUAUCGUGAAUUUUGUCAUGAAAGGGACAGGUGUCUCAUUAGCAUACGUUCCUCGACAUUAAAAGCGACUUCUCGUAUGUAAUAAGCAGAAACGCUGUUUUACCUGGGAAUCGGUGAGAAAUGCACUCCAAGCUUAGUUUUGAACUAAAGUACUUGGUGCUCACAUUAAUUAGUUGUGACUGGGAAACUUCUUGUGCCAUUGAAUUAAUCGUAGUAAUGAUAAAGCGUAUGGAAUUAAUUAAAUGUGCUGUGCAUAUAGAUUUGAAGAAUAAAAUUACAUGUGUGGAUUAUAUCCAGCUGUAGUCGUUACCCUUGUGCAUUCGCCCUGUUUUCUAUAGUGAAGUUUAACUCGUGAGUUGAUGUUCUGGGCCUGUGCGCAAAUGGUUAUACGGUCAAAUCUCUCUCAGUGACUUUCGUAGUGUCGCAACACUAUUUUAUUUAUAACUGUCUGGCAUUGUGAAACAUUCACGUUUGAAAUUGAGCUGCUUGUAAUGUGGUGUCUGGGAUGCUGCCCUUGUUGGAAAGGGUCAGAAAAACCAGAGCUUGAAGACUCGGGACUUCUGACUAGCCCACAGUGGCAGUCAGGCGGAGAUGUGAACAAAACGCAGUAUUACACUGUCCACAAGAUUUCAAGUUUUGGACGCACAGGUUCUGGGGAAGAUGUUAGUGACACCAGUCGAGAGCAAGGAGAUCAAGGCAUACAGUCUCCAGCAGAAUUUUGGACUGCAAAGAUUCAGAGGGCGCAGCCAGAUGUCACAGAUGAUGACUACUGUGGGAACUCUGUUGAAACCACUGUAAGUCCUCGACCCCUAUGGAAGCCACAACUACCACAAGGUCGUUGGCGAAGAGCGUUACAUCCAUUCAGAUCUCGGAAGGAGCGUAACAAGAGCAGAGAGCAUACUGAAGCUGCUGACCUGGGCCCACCGUCCAUUACUGUGUCUUCCCCAGACCUUCUGGGGGAUGGAACACAAGAUAAGGGGAUCUCACCUCAUCCUGGCCCUCUUUUGCGACAUGCUGGAACAAUGACCAACGUGAGCUCCUUCACCGAAUUGCGGCACCAAGUUACAUGGCGCAAAUCACAGAGUAUGCAGGACAUCAACACUGCCAUUCAGAGUCCAAGUAAGGAAGAUGGCAGUUGUGUGGACACACCUAUUAAAGAAACUAAUACAGCACAAGUUGCUCUAACAUAUGGCCUGGACACAAGCUUAUACACCCCCAGCAACUCUGAGAGUGCUCCAAUGUCCAGGUCAAAUGAAGCCCUCAAUGCCUGGCUGUCACCCAACACAAUGGGAAAGGCUGACUGGUUGCAAGAGGCAGCAUGUGGAACAAUUCACUUCACUGCCACAUAUAUCCAGAAGAACAAAAAGUUGCUUGUAUGUGUAAACAAGGUGGAACACCUUCCUCCAAAAGGUGAAGAUUACACAUACAGUGUUGUUGUCAAGUUGUCAGUCUUGCCAUUAAAUAAGCCUGUUCGCAUGAGCAGGAUACAUAAAAAUAAUUUGAAUCCUGAAAUUGAAGAGGACUUUGAAUUCACUGUUAAGCAACCGGUCGGAAAAGUUUUGCGACUUUCAGUGCAUGAUGCAGAUCAUCAAGGAAAAUAUGAUGCAAUUGGACAUUCUCUGUUCUACUUGGAAGAUGUGAUGGCAGGGCGACCCAGAAGAUAUGCAAUGAGGCUAUAUAAACAAUCACAGCCAGAUGUGGAUCCAGGCAACAUACGGGUGAGCUUGAGCUACAAGAGAGAGACAAUGAUAUUGACAGUGUUGGUAAUGGAGGCUUGCAAUCUGCUGCUAUCCACAGGUGCUGACAAGACUAAUAGGCUUACAGAUAAAUACAACACUUACGUCAAAGUUGUGUAUGUUUCAUGUGGUCAAAAGAUGAAAUCAAGAAGGAGUGCUGUAGUUUCCAACAACAGGAAUCCUAAUUACAGAGAGACAUUUACUUUCAAAUUGUCAUUGAACUUCCUUCAUGACUGUUUUAUUAUAGUGAGUGUAAUGAUGAAAGGGCUACUGAAGAAAGAUGUACCAAUUGGUCGCCUUGUACUUGGACCAUUCCAGUACACAGAGGGUCAGGAGAAAACCCCUUGGGGUAGAGCUAUUCUCUUGCAGGAGGAAGUCACUCAUUGGUUUAGAAUGCAUCUGUGAUAGAAACCAAUUUUUGGAUGUGGGAAUCUGAAAUUUAUAUGAACCAAAAUAUAUAGUUUCAUAAAGUAGAAUUGUGUGAUUCUUGUAUGACAGUACUAUUUACACAGUUUUGUGAUUAUCUGUAUAUCUUUGUUAUGUGCAUAACAGUUAUACAAGAAGAAUAAAUUCAUGUGUUUAUAUUGUUCAUUGAUUUGUAAGAACUUGUAUGUUAGGAAACAAUAUAAACAGGAAUGGGUUGA